AUGAUUGACAUUUUGUCCUCAUUGCUCUUGUCAGAUUCGGUUGAAGCAGGAGAGAAGCUUGUGAAGACAGCCCUGGAUGCUUUCGGCAGAAUAGAUGUUGUGGUCAACAAUGCUGGAAUCCUGAGGGACCGUUCCUUCUCCAGGAUAAGUGAUGAAGACUGGGAUAUUAUUCAGAGAAUUCAUUUGUGGGGCUCCUUCCAAGUGACUCGAGCAGCAAGGGAUCAUAUGAAGAAACAGAAAUAUGGAAGGUGACUCAUCCGCCUGUCCCUGAGUGAUAACGCCAAAUGAGAUGCGGAACCAUGGUGGAUGCAGCUCUGUGGAGAGCUGGGACGUGCUGUUUCAAGGUUCCUGAAUACACCGCUUGGAGAAGAGUUCCAGAGUCCCGUCUUCCUUGCUGGUAGAGGAGGUUGCUGCAACUGGUGGCCAUACAGGGAACAGCUGAGGACUCAGAACUUCUUGUGGUCAGGGCAGUG